AUGACCGACAAACGCACUGUCCUGAUUUCCGGCUGUUCAGAUGGCAGCUUGGGCUCAGAGCUGGCUCGCGCCUUUCAUAGGCAUGGAUGGCGUGUCUUCGCCUCAGCCCGAAACCUGUCCAAGCUCAAGCAAGCUGAAGCCGAAGGGAUCGAGACUGUACAGCUCGACACAACCUCCGAAGAAUCCAUCGCAGCCUGCGUUGCCCGUGUUUCAGAACUUACUGGGGGUUCUCUUGACAUCCUCGUAAACAACGCCGGCGGCGGAUACUGUAUGCCCGUGCUAGACCUCGAUAUUGCUCGCACGAGAGAACUAUUUGACCUAAACGUCUUCUCUUUAAUUUCUGUUACACAGGCUUUCUUCCCCCUUCUCGCAAAGUCGUCCCGCGGCGGUUUGGUUGUAAACAACACGUCCGGAAUGGCGCUUUUACAUGCUUCAAUGCCCUUCUCGGGUGCCUACAGCGCCUCCAAGGCAGCCGCAGCGAGUUUCAGCGAGGUUUUACGGCAAGAACUUGCGCCAUUCGGGGUCAAAGUAACCAACCUAAUAACAGGCUCUGUCAAAUCGACUUUUCACGCCAACGCGCCUCACAUCUCGCUACCGUCUACCUCAAUUUAUAAUGUCGCCAAGGAGGCCGUUGAGUAUUUCAUGUCUGGUGAGAAGGCUGCCGCUACUGGUGCAGAUCCUGUUCAAUGGGCGGAAGGCGUUGUCAAGGAUCUCAGUAAGGCCAAACCACCCCUUUGGAUAUGGAGAGGAAAGCUUUCGUGGGUGACGUGGCUUUCCUCAUUCUUACCCGUUGGGUUUACGGAUGGUAUUUUGAAGAGCAUGACGGGGUUGGAUGAGGUAGAACGCAAACUGAAAGAGAAGGGUGGCGUAAAUAAUCUCGACGAGACUGAAGAAGAGAAGAAGAAGAAGAAGAAGAAGAAGAAGAAGAAGAAGAAGAAGAAGAAGAAGAAGAAGAAGAAGAAGAAGAAGAAGAAGAAGAAGAAGAAGAAGAAGAAGAAGAAGAAGAGAAGAAUCAUGGGCAGAUGGCAGAUAAAUACCUAA